AUGAUCACUCUGGCUAAGAACUGUGUCCUGAAAGUAGAUAAAGGAACAAACAUAUCAGCCUCUCAGUAUAGAGACAGGCUGUGGGCGUAUGGCAAUCAGGAAUUAUUUCCCUGUGAAGUCUGUGGAAGACGCUUUGCAGCAGAUGUUCUGGCUAGGCAUGGAAAAAUAUGUAGAAACUUCAACAAAAAGCGUAAACCUUUCAAUUCUUUAAAACAAAGAUUACAAGGCACUGAUAUCCCCACUGUGAGGAAGACUGAUCAGUCCAAGAGUAGAUUUAGGGAACACUUUGAAGAUUACAUUCAAUGCCCAUAUUGUAUGAGGAGGUUCAAUGAAACUGCAGCCAGUCGACAUAUCAGUUUCUGCAAGGAUCAGUCUUUACGCCGAGUCUUUGAUCCAGCCCAGACCGCAGCCAAAUUGACAUCCAAAACACAGGGUAGACCUAAGACGAGUUCCCCCAAAGAGCCAACGGUAACCAGUGCUGUGGGAGCUCUGCUACAGAACAAGGCACUAGAGUCCGAGAAUAGGGCCCCGUCCAAACCAGGUUGGGCUUGUUUGAAGUUGGAGCUAACAUGCCGAGAGGGAAUGUUUCCUAAUUUAUCAGCCUUACAUAACUGA